AUGGCCCAGUGGCAGCAAAUCCGGAUGCUGGACAAUGUCCAUCGGGAGCAGGUGCACCAUCUCUACUCAGAUGAUUGCCUGCCAAUGGAAGUGCGGGAAUAUCUAGCCUUCUGGAUUGAAGAGCAGAACUGGAACCAGGUGAUGAAAUCCGACUGCUCACAGGCCUAUUUGCUUUUCCAAACCAUGCUGGCUCUUCUGGAUGACCAGCUGGGACGUUUUGUGUGGCAAGCAGAGAACAAUUCAAAUAUGGUGAUUAGACACAACCUACGUCGUUCGAAACUGAGCCUACAGUCCAGGUAUGAAGAGAAUCCAGAGGAACUGGCCAACAUAAUUGAUGGUUUGUUGAGAGAGGAGAGGGCUAUUUUGUCAGCAGCCAUGGCUAUCUCUCCGACAAGGUUGGAGCCCCCAUCUGAUGCAGCCUUGAUCACUGGCCAUGAAAACAACAUUGAGGACCGGCUAGCAGACAUGAGGAAGGCAGUUCAGGGUGUAAAAAAUUCCAUAGAGCAACUUGAGGAUCUGCAAGAGACCUUUAACUUCCGGUUCACUGCAUACAAGAUGCUGGAAAGUUCGACACCUUCUGACCCUAGUCUCAGUGCUAAAUGGAAUGAGUUGCAAACCAUGAUAAAUAAUCUGGACCGUUGCCGCAAGGAGGUGCUGGCCCAGAUCCAGGCACUGCUGGGCCGCUCGGACACACUGAGGGACCUGCUGCUGUCGGAACUAUGUAUGUGGCAAGAUCGCCAACGGCAAGCAUGUAUUGGGGAUGCUUGUGAUACCAGUUUACGACAACUGGAGAAAUGGUGCACCGGAAGUGCUGAAGACCUGUUCCACUUACGCUGGCUUCUACAGACUCUGGAUGAACUGCAUCAAAAGAUGACCUACCAAGGAGACCCCCUGCUACUCCAGUUGCCUCAGUUAAAACAGCGGCUGCAAGAGCAAAUUUUCUGUCUUUUAAAAAGUGCUUUUGUGGUGGAGAUUCAGCCUAAAAUGCCCUUUCCCAAUCGCCGGCCUCUGCUGCUGAAGACCAACAACAAGUUCUCUGUCCGUGUCAGGCUCCUGGUGAAGCUGAUGGAUCAGGAGCACAAGAUGGAGGUGAAGAUGGAGAUUAACAGGGACUCUGCUAAUUUGGUUGGAUUUCGAAGAUUCAACAUCUUGUCAUCGAACACCAAAACCAUGAUGAAGGACAGGCCCCAGGUGGAGGGCCUCGUCUGUGACUUCAGUCACAUUACGCUGAAAGAGCAGAAACCUUGUGGCUCAGGUAAAGGCAAAGGUGCUAACGAGGGAUCAUUGCCUGUCACAGAGGAACUGCAUGUCAUCAUGUUCACACUAGAUUAUUGCUACCAAGGUCUCAAGUGCCAGCUGCAGACAUCCACUUUGCCUGUGGUGAUCAUCUCUAAUGCCAACCAGGCAUCCAGUGCCUGGGCCUCCAUCUUGUGGUUCAAUAUGGUUGGUGCAGACCCAAAGAACCAGCUGUUUUUUUCCAAUCCAUCUGCAGCCACUUGGGCCAAGUUGUCAAAAGUGCUCAGCUGGCAAUUCUCAGAUGCUACUAAGCGAGGCCUGGAUGCAGAGCAGCUGAAAAUGCUAGGAGAGAAACUCUGUGGGCUGAAGAUAACACCACAGAGCACAAUCACCUGGACCCAGUUCUGCAAGACUUCUCCUCCUGGACACAAUUGUUCCUUCUGGACUUGGCUUGAUGAAAUCUUAAGUCUGAUCCAAGAGCACUUGCUGGAACUCUGGAAGAAUAAUCUCAUCAUGGGAUUUGUGAGCCGCAAGCGUGAGAAGCAUUUGCUGAAGAACAAGCGGGCGGGUACCUUCCUGCUACGGUUCAGCCAGACUACCCAGGAUGGCGGCAUCACCUGUACCUGGGUGGAAUACAACGAUGAUGGGUCCCCAAAAUUCCACUCAGUCAUGCCCUACACCAGGGUCGAGCUGAAGUUCUUAGCAUUGCCUGACAUCAUUCAUGACUACCAGCUCUUCGCAGAGGAGGACAUCCCUGAGAAUCCACUCCGGUUCCUCUACCCUGAUAUUCCCCGGAAUGAAGCUUUUGGUCCUUACUACAGUGAACAUCGGAAAGGUGACCUGGCAGAGCAGAAGAAAUAUCUGAAUCGCCGCCUGAUCAGAGUCUCCUCUAGGCAUCAGGAGGAGCCCCGCGUUCUGGGGGUGAACCCAGAGGAGCCCCACGUUCUGGGGGUGAACCCAGAGGAGCCCCGCGUUCUGGGGGUGAACCCAGAGGAGCCCCGCGUUCUGGGGGUGAACCCAGAGGAGCCCCGCAGUCUCGGGGUGAACCCAGAGGAGCCCCGCGUUCUGGGGGUGAACCCAGAGGAGCCCCGCGUUCUGGGGGUGAACCCAGAGGAGCCCCGCGUUCUGGGGGUGAACCCAGAGGAGCCCCACGUUCUGGGGGUGAACAGUGAAUUCCCCAUUGAUAACAUAGAUGCGGUCAAUGCCUUAUUCGGAAACGUUAUGCUUGAUAGGAAUGACCCAUUCCUGCCACCACCAGGUGAGGAGGAACAACUAGAGUAUUCUGAGCUCUUUGGGCUACCAGAGGAGAUGCCAGAGCUGAAUUUGGAUGAAGCAGAUUUCUAG